UUGCGACCAACCCACCUGGGGGGUUGUUUACCUUUCCCCUUCGCACCGCAAUUCGCCUCUCGUCUCUUGCGCAUUCCAUCCAUCCACAACUUUCAUCACCCUCCUCUCGUUUCUCAGCUUUGCUAACUUUUCUUGAGAGCCCAUCUCUUCCGAAGAUUCCACUCCCGAGCGCCCAUCCCCCUAGAGCCUCCCGUCUGUUGCCGUUAGCCUCCCAGCGCGUCCCCUUGAGAAUCCCCGUUCGCGGCAUCGUCUGUCUCCCACCGCUUCACUGACGACUGCCGACGGUCGGGCUGCAUGAUCUCACCGUCACGGGGUAGCUUCAAGUAAGUUACUUGCUGCCGAGGUCUUCCGCGCUCCGCCGCAUCAGAGUCGACUCCAGCGCGCCAUCUGCCCUUUUUCUUCUCCGCCUGCGCCGCCAUGGCGCGUCCCCGCGCUCCCCUCUCCGCAAUCCCGGGCCUUUGCGGUGUGAUUUUCUGCGCGCUCGCGGUUUUCCUCCCCACGACCUCCGCCGCGACUUCCGCCGGGACUCCCGCCGCAGAUGUCGCCGUGCUUCUCGCCUUCAAAGCCGCCGUCACCAACGACUCGCUCGGCGUGCUCGACACGUGGACCGCCGGCCCCACCGCCUGCGCAUUCAGCGGCGUGUCUUGCGCAGGAAGCGAGCCGGACCGCGUCUCCGCUAUCAUUCUGUCGCAGGGGUUUUUAGAGGGGCAGCUUAUAUCGGAUAUUGGGAAAUUGGACCAGUUAGAGGCGCUGGAGCUGGAUGGUAACCAGUUCUCUGGCGACAUUCCCGACGAAAUCAGCCAGUUGACGAAACUGAGCGUGCUGAGUUUCGCUCAAAACCAGUUUACCGGGCAGAUAAAAGAAAUCUUCUCUACACUCAUCGGUCUGCACUCCCUCUCUCUCUGCUCGAACCUCCUGACGGGUAGCCUGCCCUCGCAGAUUUUUAAGCUGCCCGACCUUGAGCUGAUCGACGUCAGCAACAACCAGCUGACCGGCGGUCUGCCCGGAAACGCUUUUCGUUUCGCGACUGCCCUGACGUCCUUGUCUGUCGGGGUGAACAGUAUGUCCGGGCAGAUCCCGAAAACAAUCUCCGCCAUGUCUUCCCUAGUAUCCCUAGACCUUCGCGCGAACGCGUUUUCCGGCGCACUCCCUUCAGCUCUCGGCCACCUCCCCCAUUUAGAGUACCUCGAUAUCACCGUGAACUCGUUUACUGGCGGGAUUCCCAGCAGCUUCGCCAAUCUCGACUCGAUACAAGCACUUAUCAUGGCGAAUUGCGGGUUAUCGGGUCACAUUCCAUCGGUUAUUUUCAACCGCAUAUCCGACACUCUCCAAGUCAUCGAUGUAGGCAUUAACGCGUUUACAGGCAGCAUUUCCAAAUUCGCUACACUCACCCAAGCCAUCUAUAUCGAGUUGUCCGAUAACGAGUUCACAGGGGGCAUCUCGGGCGCGUUCGGCUCGCUCCCCAACCUGCAGCAGAUCGGCGCGUCCAAUAACCAGCUGACAGGUGGCCUGCCGUCCGCCCUGGCAAACGCGCCGAGCCUGGGGAACAUUAUCUUCGACGGCAACCGGCUGACAGGCAAGCUGUCUUCUGCCUUCAACUGUGCGAAGCAGGGUCUCAUGUCGCUCUACCUGGCCAACAACCAGCUGUCCGGCGCCAUCCCCUCCUCCCUCGCCAACUGCAAGGCCACGUUCUACCAGCUCGACCUCUCCAACAACUCCUUUUCCGGCCGCAUUCCGCCCGCGCUGGGCAGCCUCGCCGAGGUCCGGAACUUUUCGCUUGCCCGGAACAAUUUCUCGGGCAGCAUCCCUGCUGCCCUGGCAGGGAUGAAAAGCAUGGAGGUGCUUGACCUGUCGUUCAACCAGCUCGAGGGUUCAAUUCCUGCUGCGCUCGGUACGCUAGAGGGUUUGCAAGAGGUGCAUCUUCAGGGGAAUGGUCUUUCUGGUCCGGUGCCGACCCAGUGGGCUGCUUUUCCUGAAGCGUCUUUCACACCUGGGAAUGCUGGUCUGUGCGGCGCCCCUUUAGCUGCCUGUGCUGUUGCAAGACGGCUGCUGGCCCUUGCAUAAACACACUAGUUAUGCAAUACUUACGUACCUCUGUGGCACAACCGGUUCAUGCUUCUAUUGCUACCCUCCGAGCCUUCUUUCACUCCUGGGGAUGCCAGCUCGAGUGGUGCAUGCAAUGCUUGACGAAUGCGACCAUUCCCCUGAAGAUGCACACUUCUGGCUCUUACUCCUGAGCUGCUCAGCUCGCUGCAGAGCCCACUUCAUUUGCUUGGAUAGAUAACUCGUCUUCCUUACUCCUAUUUUCGUGGCACAUGGCAGUCUUCAGGCUUGUGGUAAUACUUAAA